UGCGCGGCCUGCAGAUCCACAUCAAGACCGACAUAUGGGAACCGGUCUGCAACCCUCCAUCGAACUGCCAAAGAUUCCGCCCAUCCCAUCCCACGAACGGCCAGCUCUUAAUAGCCAGAUAGCCUCCCGGUAACGACAUUCAAAGUUCUCGAUCAGGCACAGCGAAGCGCUCGAGCGUUUUAAAGUAUCACGACCCCUCCAACUGUUCAUUGCAGACCCAACGCCGCUCGCCGCCAGCGUUGACCCGUUGCGUCCCGCCCCCUGGCCGCCCAACAUCAACAGUUGCAACCGCUUUCCCUUCCGCACACACAGCAAAUAUGGGCGACGUGUCCGGGUCGCUCGCAACCCCCGGUGGCAUCUCUGACCCCGGCCUCAUCAAGCUCGUCAACAAGUUACAGGAUGUUUUCACCACUGUCGGUGUCACCAACCCUAUCGAUCUGCCGCAAAUAGUCGUUGUCGGUAGCCAGUCUAGCGGAAAGAGUUCGGUAUUAGAAAACAUCGUCGGCCGCGACUUCUUACCCCGUGGCUCCGGUAUCGUCACCCGGCGACCGCUCGUCCUCCAGCUCAUCAACCGGCCAGGCAACCCGCUGCAGAACGGGGUGGAAAAGGAAAUCACCAACACCACCGAUAAGGCAGCGAACACCGAGGAGUGGGGCGAGUUCCUGCACAUCCCCGGCCAGAAGUUCUACGACUUUAACAAGAUUCGCGAUGAGAUUAGCAGGGAGACCGAGGCCAAGGUUGGCCGGAAUGCCGGCAUCUCGCCCGCCCCGAUCAACCUGCGCAUCUACUCACCCAACGUGCUAAACCUUACCCUCGUCGAUCUUCCCGGCUUGACACGCGUGCCUGUCGGUGACCAACCGCGUGAUAUCGAGAGGCAGAUUCGCGACAUGAUCCUUAAGUACAUUCAGAAAUCGAACGCCAUUAUUCUGGCCGUGACGGCCGCUAAUAUUGAUCUGGCGAACUCGGACGGUCUAAAGCUGGCCAGGGAGGUGGACCCCGAGGGCCAGCGGACGAUUGGUGUGCUCACCAAGGUCGACUUGAUGGACGAGGGCACCGAUGUGGUUGACAUUCUGGCUGGGCGCAUCAUUCCUCUGCGGCUGGGCUACGUCCCUGUCGUGAACCGUGGGCAAAGGGAUAUCGACAAUAAGAAGCCCAUUCAAGCAGCGCUCGAGGCCGAGAAGAACUUCUUCGAGAACCACAAAGCGUACCGAAACAAGAGCUCGUACUGUGGCACGCCAUAUCUCGCCCGCAAGCUCAACCUUAUCCUGAUGAUGCAUAUCAAGCAGACGCUGCCGGAUAUCAAGGCCCGCAUCUCCAGCUCGCUAGAGAAGUACUCGCGGGAGCUCGAGUCUCUGGGACCGUCGAUGCUUGGGAAUAGCGCCAACAUUGUGCUCAACAUUAUCACCGAGUUUACCAAUGAGUGGCGCACCGUGCUGGACGGCAACAACACGGAGUUGUCGAGCACAGAACUGUCGGGCGGCGCCAGAAUCAGUUUUGUCUUCCACGAGCUCUAUUCGAACGGUGUCAAGGCGGUGGAUCCCUUUGAUCAGGUCAAGGACGUCGACAUCCGCACGAUCCUGUACAACUCGUCCGGUUCCUCGCCGGCGCUGUUCGUGGGUACCACUGCGUUCGAGCUGAUCGUCAAGCAGCAAAUCAAGCGACUGGAGGAGCCCAGCUUGAAGUGCGCAUCUCUUGUGUACGACGAGCUGGUGCGCAUCCUCACGCAACUCCUCAGCAAGCAACUGUACCGGCGCUACCCGCAGCUGAAGGAGAAGAUCCAUGCGGUUGUGAUCUCUUUCUUCAAGAAGGCCAUGGAGCCGACGAAUAAGUUGGUACGGGAUCUGGUAGCGAUGGAGGCGUGCUACAUCAAUACGGCGCAUCCUGAUUUCCUGAAUGGGCAUCGGGCCAUGGCGAUAGUGAACGAAAGGCACAACCCAUCCAAACCAGUCCAGGUCGACCCCAAGACGGGCAAGCCCCUGUCCUCGACACCGGCGCGGGCGGCUAGCCCUACGCUGGUCGCCGGCACGGACUCGGACAGUUCGAACACGGGCUUCUUCGGCAGCUUCUUUGCCGCGAAGAACAAGAAGAAGGCUGCCGCCAUGGAGCCGCCGCCGCCGACGCUCAAGGCGUCGGGGACACUCUCUGAGCGUGAGGGUAUCGAGGUUGAAGUCAUCAAACUGCUCAUCUCGUCUUACUACAACAUUGUCAAGCGCACCAUGAUCGACAUGGUCCCCAAGGCCAUCAUGCUGAAUCUCGUUAGCUUUACCAAAGACGAGAUGCAGAAGGAGCUGCUGGAGAACAUGUACCGCCAGAGCGAACUUGACGACCUGCUCAAGGAGAGCGACUACACGAUCCGUCGCCGGAAGGAGUGCCAGCAGAUGGUGGACUCGCUGUCGAGGGCUAGCGAAAUUGUUAGUCAGGUGCAGUAGUUUCGAGUCUGGCUGCCAGGUUAUGUAUGCAUGAUUUGAAUGAGGCCAGCAAGCGCGUGUGUGUUACACAGUGGAGACUUGAUGAAUGGGACCAGAUGAGAUGAGAUGAGGCGAGAUAUGGAUAUGCCUGUGGUGUGAAAGAGAGGGGGGAGUGAGUUAAAGUGAUGUGUGUGUGUAACAGAGAACCCUGAUGAUGGAUCGGACUGGAGGGAGUUCUGCUGUAGAGGGAUGCUCAUAUCUGCUCCUUAUUCCUUUUUCGAUACCAUUCGUAGAUUAUGAAGAUCAGUUUCUGCUUUAUCUCCCGUCUGAUGUAUCCCAGCCGGUGGAAGUGAAGCUUGACUACCGGUAAUGAAACUGGAC